AUGGCGCGCUGGAGACUUCGGAUGGAAGACUUUGGGCGGCGGCAGGAGGGCGGCAACCGGACGAGCGAAGCCUGGCACCAGCCACGCUGGGCCUCGAAGGCCUCGUCGCUCUCCAAAGGAGACGAGGAGCGGCCUCCGAGCAGCGGAGGUUCGACCCGCUGCCCGUCCUCCGCACGGGGAAGGCACUCGCCCGCUCCCAGCGUGGAGACCAGGGCGCCCUCGCCGAACAGCCCGGCGGCCUCUUGGGCCCAGCCAGCACCGCCAAGCUUGCGAGCCAGCGCUGACACCUGGGCUACACGCGUUGACUCAAAGCAAAGAGGGCAGGAAAAAGACUUUCCCGCGACCUACAGCAUCAAGCAAGGAGAUCUUGCAGGAUCUCUCCUUCCAGAUUAUGAGCUUUGGGUGACUUUGCAUGGCGGGAAUGGCCGCUGGCAGCAGGCCCGUGCUCAGACUCAAUGGGCGCACAUGCUGGUUGAGCACGAGGCAGCUAUGGCCGCAAAGAAGCUGGAGACGGAGCGCCAGCGGCUGCGCCGUGCAGAGGUCGCGCGAAUACGGCGUGCUGAAGAGGAGGAGCUCCGACGACGCGUGGAGGAGGCAGAGCACGACAAGCGACGAAGAAAGGAAGAAGAGCUCCGAUUGCAGAUGCAGCGAGAGGAGGAGGCUCGCCGGGCGAAGCUCGAAGAAGAGCGCCUUCUCGAGCUGAUGCAGCCGAGGAAGUGCCAGAAGUGCGAAGGUUCUGGCCGCUGUGCCAACUGCCAGGGAGAGGGCUCCGUGGACGUGCUUUUCCUCGCGCCGUCGGUGGGUUCCAGGCCGAUGCCCAUCUUGCAGGGCCGGCGCCCCCGAGGCUGCAGGCUCUGUGGUGGAGCCGGCGACGGCGCCCUUCUCCGGGACUUCGUUGCGGGGAGCGGCAGAUGUGACGUCUGCAAGGGCGAGCGCUUCAUCAAGCCACCCCCAGGUGGCUUCAAGACGCCGGCAAAAGCAGAAGCUACACCCAGGAGGACCUCGCGGGAAUACGAGGCCUUGAACGGGUCCAUGCCGGAUGCUAGCGCCUUGAUGUUGCAGGUUUGGAGAAUCCACCUGCAGCGUCGCCUCGCUCCCGUUUGCGCCAUCUCUGGCUUUGCCGCUUCAAAGAGCGACGAGGACGCGGCCCUGGCACAGCGCUCCGGCUGA